GGCAGGGAUGUGCUGCACGCUCGGAGGAAGCGUGAGCAGCACUGCCCAGCGAGGGACAGCUGCAGCUGGCUGGGCACGCUGUGAUCGCAGCUCUGGCAUGGGCACUGCUGUGGGACGGCGACCGGCCGGGAGGACGCGGACUCUGGGCUCUCCUGGCACCUGCCUGGCCAUCGCUGCCCUCACAUGGGGCACGGUGCUGUGGGUGGAGGUGGGUGCCUGGACGUACCACUACAGCGACCAAGGGGACUACACGUGGGAGCAGGCCAGGAAUUACUGCCAGACCUUCUUCACCGACCUGGUGGCCAUCCAGAACCAGCAGGAGAUCGAGUACCUCAACAGGAGCCUGCCCUACCACAAGCACUACUACUGGAUCGGCAUCCGCAAGCUGGGCGGCACCUGGACCUGGGUGGGCACCAGGAAGGCGCUGACCAAGGAGGCAGAGAACUGGGCCCUGGGGGAGCCCAACAACCGCCGCUCCAACCAGGACUGCGUGGAGAUCUACAUCCAGCGGCCGCAGCAGGCCGGCAAGUGGAACGACGAGCCCUGCAGCCGCAAGAAAAAGGCGCUGUGCUACCGCGCCUCCUGCCAGCCCUCGCUGUGCAGCCAGCGUGGCGAGUGUGUGGAGACCAUCGGGAGCUACCGCUGCCAGUGCUACCCCGGCUUCCAGGGCCCCGAGUGCGCGGAUGCUGUGCAGUGUGCCAAGCUGGAGCCCGAGGGGCUGACCGUGAGCUGCAGCCAUCCCUACGGAGACUUCAGCUACAACUCCAGCUGCCAGUUUGGCUGCCCCGAGGGGUUUGAGCGGCGAGGGGCGGCCGUGCUGCGCUGCCUGCCUUCCCAGCAGUGGUCAGCAGACAUCCCCACCUGCACAGGUAGGGUCUGGCAGGGGCUGGGGGUCUACAGGGACCCUGUAGCUGGGAUGCAGCAUGCUUUAUCUCCAGCCAUCAGCUGCCCAGUGCUGGCCCCCCCCAGCAGAGGCCAGCUGAGCUGCUCUCACCUGCACGGGAACUUCACCUACAACUCCACCUGCAGCUUUUCCUGCCAGGAGGGGUUUGUUCGGAUGGGAGCAGAGAUGCUCCGGUGUGAGGCCACGGGGAACUGGACCAGGGAUCCCCCUGUCUGUGCAGAGGAUGGUGCCUUCCUAAAGCAGGUCCUGGCUUACAGCAGCGGCUCAGCGCUGGCAGUAGCUGGUGUUGUGCUCUCUGGGGGGCUCAUUGCCCUCCUUGCCAGGAAGCUCAGUGACAGAGAGGAGAAGAAGAAGCUCCUGAAACCCACCAGCGACCUGGGAGCGCCGGGCACCUUCACCAACGCAGCAUAUGAUGCCAACCUGUGAGGAGAGGGCAGGUGGGACCCUCGCAGCACCCUGUCCAAAAUUCACCCAGGGUGCUCCUGUGCGGGGCCAGCCCUCGGGACGGGUGUGGGUAACACCGGCUGCAUCUCUGCCGUGCUGCCCGAGUGAGAGCCACCGUGUGUCCCAGGGCUGCAGGAGCACAGAGGGGCUCCCUGCCUGUGCUGCCAGCCUGGCCCUGGGCAGUGCCACCACGGUGUGUGACAUCCCCUGGGCAGUGUCACCACGGUGUGUGACAUUCCCUGGGCAGUGCCACCACGGUGUGUGACAUUCCCUGGGCAGUGUCACCACGCUGUGUGACAUUCCCUGGGCAGGGGAGCUGCCCCCAGUGCGGGCAGUGCAGACCCAGCGGGGCCGGGAGCAGCGUGCCCGGGCAGCCUGCAGCCAGCGCUGGGCACUCUCCCACCCGGGAUGUGCACACUCCCCGAGCUCCAUUCCUGCACCCCCCGGGGAUGUGCACACUCCCGGAGCUCCACUCCUGCUCCCCCCGGGGAUGUGCACACUCCCCGAGCUCCACUCCUGUUCCCCCCGGGGAUCCGGACACUCCCCGAGCUCCUCCUGCUCCCCCCGGGGAUGUGCACACUCCCCGAGCUCCAUUCCUGCUCCCCCCGGGGAUGUGCACACUCCCCGAGCUCCAUUCCUGCUCCCCCCGGGGAUGUGCACACUCCCCGAGCUCCACUCCUGCUCCCCCCGGGGAUGUGCACACUCCCCGAGCUCCACUCCUGCUCCCCCCGGUGAGCUUGUGUCAGCGGGGUCUGAAUAAACACCUUUGUGUAAGUAC